CCUCCUGUCUCGUAUGCGUACGACGACACUACUUCCCCCAUUUGCUAAUUAUUCAAAAUUGUUGGUACCUUCCCCUUUACGAAGUCAAAUUUAAUGGGCUACUGAUUAGACAUGAGGUCACAGACGACUGUCUCAUUAUGAUUUCAUGUACUUAUUAAGUGUUUCUACACCAGUUUGGUCAAUUGAGUUGAUUGCGUUACAUUUGUCUUAGUGUACGGUGUUAAAAUCUAGUUAAAAAUGUUUCAUUUGGCCACCAUUCUACUAUGCCUUUCGGCUACAUUUAUCAAAAUAGACGCGUUAUCCGAAGAAUUCAAGAGGAUUAAUGUCUUAUUUACUGCUGAUUUAUAUAAGGAAUUAUUAAAAACAAAUCCGGAAAAUUUCGUUGUCUGUCCACUUUCCAUCGAAACCGUUUUAGCAAUGCUUCACGCUGGAGCUGGUGGAAGAACUGCAAAAGAACUGGCCGACGGUUCCAAAGUUCCAGACAACUCCAUUAAAGUACAAAACCUUUUCAAAGAAUUAAAAUUGCAAGAGGAACAAUUAUACACACUGAGGAGUGUCAAUAAAUUGUAUCUCGCCAACAGAUUUAGUAUUAACGGUAAUUAUAGAGAGAUAGUCAGGAACGUAUUCAAGGCAGAGAUCGAAAACGUAAACUUCUCCAACAAUGAGAACGCCGCCCGAACCAUAAAUUAUUGGGUCGAAAAUCAAACUAGGAACAAAAUUAAAGAUCUAAUCAAAGCUGAGUACUUAGGGCCUUACACUGUCUCGGUAUUGGUGAACACUAUAUAUUUUAACGCCGAUUGGUUAGAUCCAUUUGAUUCGCUACUCACAAAAGAGAGUCGUUUCCAUCUAAAUAGAGCGCAGCAGGUGGACGUAGAAAUGAUGCGCACUGUCUUAGAGACACCGAUUUACGUCAACGAUGAGCUAGGUGCAACUUUUUUGGAAUUACCUUACAAAGGCGAAGACGUCUCAAUGACCUUUGUGCUACCGCAAGAAUUUGAAGGUAUGCCGCGGUUAGAAGCUAAUAUGCAAGAAGUCCUUAAAAGGCAGCCUUUUGAUGAUGUUCGACAAGUGACAAUAGCGAUUCCUAAAUUCAAAAUGGAAACCUCAAUUUCUUUGGAACCUAUUUUGAAAAAUCUUGGUAUCCGAGACGCUUUUACAGGAUCGGCGAAUUUUAGUGCAAUGACCAUAAACGACCACAAUGUAUUCUUAACUCGCGUGGAGCAAAAAGCCUUUAUAGAGGUAACAGAAAAAGGAACGACUGCAGGUGCCGCUACCUUCGCCAUUUCAGAAGACAGAAGUUUUGGGGCCACUUUCAUAGCAAACCGCCCUUUUAUUUACAUCCUAAGGCAUAACACGAAUGGCAUUUUAUUUGUAGGGAAGUUUUCCAAUCCUGUCGGUACAAAGGUAUCGGAGUAAUAUUUUAACUAACAUUAGAUCUGUUAAACUUAGUUUAUGAAAUAAAGUUAUUGUUAUACAGUAAAAUUCCAA